GCGCAUAGACCUCGUGCUGUGAUCGGCCGCUACGUGUCAGAGUCCGCGCGCUCCUCUCCUGCUCCUUCCGCGCCCGCAGCUACAGGAACAGGCACUGGCAGCUACUGCAGGACCACGGGCCGGAGCUAUAGCGGGGAGUGUCGGUCCUGUGUGCCCGGUGGAUCGACUCAAACAUGGGGGGCAUAGUUUUACCGAGGCGCAUGUUCCUGUGGUGUAUGGCGGUCAUGUAUCUGUCCGCGUUUGUUUCUCUGUAUGUGCAGAUUCCAGGUCUCUAUGGUAACGAUGGCCUGCUGCCUGCGCGCUGGAGACUGCGUUACAGUGGGAAGGGGUUAUGGGAGCAGCUCUGGACCUCCCCCUCUCUGCUGUGGCUGGGCCCUCACCUUGGUCUGGACACUCACAGCUGUAUGGAGCUGCUGUGUCUGCUGGGGGCUGCCCUGAGCCUGACUGCUACUCUGAUGGAGACAUUCAGGGACAGUGUGGUCUUCUUCUGCCUCUGGGCCCUCUAUAUGUCCAUGUACCAGGUUGGCCAGGUUUUCCUUUACUUCCAGUGGGAUAACUUGCUCCUGGAGACUGGCUUCCUGUGUAUCCUAGUGGCCCCACUCACAGUGCUCAGGGGCUCUCGCUCGGUCAGGGAUCACGAUACGGUCACCUUCUGGCUGGUCCGCUGGCUGCUCUUCAGGCUUAUGUUUGCAUCUGGAGUGGUGAAACUCAACUCUCGCUGUCCGACCUGGUGGGGUCUGACCGCUCUGACUUACCACUAUGAGACUCAAUGCAUCCCCACUCCUCUGGCCUGGUUUGCUCACCAGCUCCCCGUGUGGUGGCAGAAGCUCAGCGUGGUGGGGACCUUCUUUAUAGAGAUCGCUGUUCCUCCACUUUUCUUCAGUCCACUGCGCAGACUCCGUAUCGCCUCCUUCUAUCUACAGAUCCUUCUGCAAGUUCUCAUAAUAUUAUCUGGAAAUUACAACUUCUUCAACCUGCUGACCUUAACUCUGUGUCUGUCUCUACUGGACGACCAGCACAUUCACUUCUGGAUACGCAAACCCUACCAGACCAGCCAUAAGGAGUCCAGGCUUUGGUCUUGGGUGGCAUACAUACUGGAGCUUUUGGUUUGGGCACUCCUCGUUUUUGGCACAGUUGUCUGCUUUGACCUUCAGAUUGACUCACAGAAGAAAAGCAUUACUUCCAGGACAGCUUUCACUUACCACCAGUUCAACCAGUUUCUGAAGGCUGUGACCAUCCCCUGUGUGUGGAUGGGGGUCCUUUCUCUCACAUGGGAAAUGAUAACUGCCAUGUUCAGGUGUGCGUGUGUGAGAGGGUUCCUCCGGAGGCUGGGAGGCACUCUGCAGUGGACACUGUUUGGAGCUGCAGCUGUUGCAAUGUUCACCAUCAGUCUGGUGCCCUUCACUUACAUAGAGUAUGACUCCCAUGCAAACCUGUGGCCUGGAGUGAGACAAGCCCAUGCUCUGGUGGACCGCUAUCAGCUGGUCAACUCCUAUGGCCUGUUCAGACGCAUGACCGGGGUGGGGGGGCGACCUGAGGUUGUCAUCGAGGGCAGCAAUGAUGGAAUCACAUGGCGGGAGAUAGAGUUCAUGUACAAACCGGGGAACAUGAGUGGCCCUCCCCCUGUGGUGACCCCUCACCAGCCCCGCCUGGACUGGCAGAUGUGGUUUGCUGCCCUGGGACCUCAGCAGCAGUCACCCUGGUUCAGCAGCCUCAUGCACAGACUGUUACAAGGCAAACAAGAUGUGAUAGAGCUGAUCCAGUCUGAUAUCAAGCAGUACCCGUUCCACCAACAGCCUCCUGCCUACCUGCGAGCACAUCGCUACAAGUACUGGUUUACAGAGCCCAAGGCUGAUGGGUCAUACCCAGAGCGUUGGUGGAGGCGGGUCUAUGACGAAGAGUUCUAUCCCACAGUGCACCUGGGCAAUGCUUUUCUAGAGGGCAUGCUUAACCAACAUGGGCUCAAGGACUCCUCUUCUCCCCGUCGGGCGUCCAAAGCCAAACUAGCCCGUGCCGUGAGGUGGAUGCGGUCCCAGGUACAAGGUGUACCUGCUCCUUUGUUAGUGUGGACUCUCAUCGGAUGCAGCGCCCUCUUCUGCUUGCUCAGAGCACUGCAGCAUAGGAGCAAACACCGGACUUCACCAGCUCCUGACCCCACACUAACUGGAGACAAGCAUGAAGAGAACCGUGAAGAGGAGGAGGAAAAGGAGGUAGGAGAGAAGGAGCAAGAGGAUGAAGGGGGCGAAGGAAGCCAAGAGGAGAGAGAGAGUGAAGUGGAGACUGAAGACCAAUCACAAGAGCAGGAGGAGAGUGAGGAGGAGGCAGAGAAACACAUGAGGAAAAGAUAAAUAUGAGAUAUGUGGUAAUUACAAGAUUAUGUUGUAAAGUCAUAUCACAUGCAUAACGCAAAAUGCCUUUAUGAAUGCCACUGUGAAAUCCUAAUCGGUCAGUUAUGGAUGGUGUCACGUUCUAACAGGUUGAGAACAUUGGUGUAAAAUUUCAUGUUUAAAUAGCUUUAAAUACUUUUCUAUAGGAGGUUCUAUUUAAUGUAAUUCAGUCACGUUCCUUAUGUGUUGCCUCCCAAAUUACUAAUGGUCUUUGAAAACAUUGUCUUUAAAAUGUUAUGGUUGAUGUUAAGUUGAGUAGUUCUAGUUGAGUAGACCAGACUAUAGAAUGUUCGCUCAAAAUGCAAGACUGGUAGAACGCAGUUAUGACCAAAAUGACAAGUUGUCCACACUGCUUGCCCUAUUUGCAUCACUUUGCCUUGUAUAAAAGGUUCAUAACACAAGAAGCUUUAUAUUGAUAGGUUGCAGCUGAUGUCAUCAACAAUACCCCCUGGGGGUGUGAUGCUAACUGUUUGCACUGCUCUGUCUGAAGCUCUGUAGCUCGAUUUAGACUUUAAUCUGAUAUUUAAUUUAAUUUAAUACAAUAUGACCAGAAAGAGCUGGUUUAGCUGGAAUUAAAACAGAUGAGCUGAUUUGCACUGUUAAACAAGUCUCUCACACAUAAAAUUACACGCAGAACCUUUCAAAACGUGAUGUUACUGCAAAGUAUCAAUAGCUUUUUUUACCACUAUUAUGUCAUACUGUUUGGAUGCAAGGCCAAUGAAGGAGAUGGCACCAAUUGAAGUGUAACGGUGUGGUCAAAGAUUGAACCUACAAACUACAAUUGAUAUAUGAACACUACCUAAAAUGUGGUUGUGGCUCAGUGAUAAAAAUGCAAAGAUAUUCCUAGAGUUAACUUAUUCUGUAUUCAAGCAGACCAAAAUUAUGAUUCUACUGAUGAAUGUGUUAUGUGGGAAUUAUGUGCACUAUUUUUUGUACUUUUAUAUAUUUUGUGUAUUAUGUACGGUGUCACUCUGCUGUUGC